AUGCCAGCAAUCCGAGCACCCUCUGUGACACACAGUCUUCGAUCCGCCUAUAUGGGUUUCCUUACAAGUUACGACGAGCGCGUUCCACUCCCGAGAACGUUGCCAGUCCCUGUCGAGCGUCGAUGCCAGAACUCAAGCAUUGAUUACCUUCACCACGACGACUCAUACCUAUCCCAAUGGAUAGCAUCGAGCACAAUAUUCUCAGAGUUGGAGGCUUAUGAGCCGGUCUCGCACUAUCCUCCUCCUUCUUUCAACCACGCCAGCAACGAAGACUCUUAUCACAGAUAUGAAGAUCCCUUUGACAGCACCUCGUUCCCUUUCUAUGACACAGCGUCCUCGUCAUCCUCCGGGUCACCAUUCCCUGUAAUGACCGAGUCAGGGAUCCCACUUCACGCCAUGUCCCCUUCAAUCUCAAUUACCAGCAGCUCUCCACGGUCUGAACCUGGUGCGAUUUUCCGGGGCUCUUUGACCUAG